AUGUCACUCAUUUAUAAAAUCUGCUUCAUCGCCAGCUUUCUGUUACCACUAGCCAUCGCCGACCUUGUCCACCCAGGGCAAUAUGACUACGGUUUUCAUGCAGACCACCGCCUUCGAAAGAGAGACCCAUUUCAGUCUCAUAUUAUUACAGGCCCUCCCCGCGUCGAUGGUAAAAUACCACAAAGACCAGAUAUUCGAGACUUGCAAAAAGACGAGGACAAGUGGAACCUAUAUCUCCUCGCUCUUAAUUAUAUGCAGUUUACCGAUCAAGAUUUACCAUUCUCGUGGUACCAGAUCACAGGGAUUCAUGGCGCCCCCGCGUUGACUUGGGGAGAUGUUGAACCAACUCCUGGCAACGAACACUACGGAUAUUGCACACAUGUGUCUAUUAUCUUCCCUCCUUGGCAUCGCCCCUACCUUGUUCUGUACGAGCAAGUCUUGUAUAACAUUAUCCAGUUCAUCGCUUCACUAUAUCCACCUGACCUCCAAGACCGCUUCCAAAAAGCCGCGGCAGAUUUUCGAAUUCCUUAUUGGGACUGGGCUGCUACACCUCCCGAUGGAACUAGUGUCCUUCCUCUAAGCGUCGGUGGUGCAUCCAGCGUUAAUGUAUCUGGACCGUAUGGUGUCCAGAGUAUAUCCAAUCCGCUGUUCAGUUACGUAUUUAAGCCAUUUAACGGGUCGAUUUUCCCCGAUUUCCCAUAUAACACAUGGACCGAAACGAAAAGAGCACCGCGUCCGGUGAAUAGUGCCAAUGCGACCUCGAAUAAUUCAUUCGUGGCUCAUGCGCUAGAUACUCACCUGCCAAGUUUCCAGCAACGAGUAUACAACCUACUUACCAAUUAUCCGAAUUAUACGACUUUUAGCAACGAAGCUUGGAUCCCCAACGAUAACAACGGUACUUGGGAUUCGAUCGAGUCCAUCCACGACUCAAUUCAUAUAGUUGGAGGAGGUGUCUAUGGACAUCUUGCUAUCAUUGCCUAUUCCGGAUUCGAUCCGCUCUUCUGGUUGCACCACGCCAACGUCGACAGGAUCUUUGCAAUGUGGCAGGUUCUUUAUAAUGAUUCAUACGUCAUUCCUCAAUCAGCUGUUUAUUCUUCCCAUACUACUUCUCCUGGAGAAGUGGAAGAUUCUCAGACGCCCCUCACGCCAUUCUUCUCCAACGAAACACACUUUUGGACGGCAGACGGAGUACGAGACCUGGAGGUUUUUAAUUAUACAUACGCCGAGGUAGCUAACAAAAACCGUACUGAAGUUAUCGCCUCGAUUAAUCGUCUAUAUGGGAAAUCUAGCCCAGCUUCUAUGCUUAUGGAGCUUAGUAAAAGCCAGCAACACAGCAACAAGCACGAAAAGCAUCUAGGUCAUCGAGGGUUUCAUAGGACAAACGGAUUAUCAUCGAAUAGUCACGCGCCAACCCGUCUUUCAAGCGCGAUUUUUAUCGGCGAUAAGUAUCGUGAAUGGAUCGCAAACAUACGAGUCAACAAGCAUGCGAUGGGCGGUUCAUUCUCAAUUCAUCUCUUCUUAGGCGACGUCCCAUCUGACUCAUCAUCAUGGCCAGUAGCGUCUAGUUUAGUCGGUAGCCUUGGAGUCUUCGCUCAUAAGGGUUUGCACGGUCGAAUGUCUGAUCGCAGGAUUUCUGGGACGAUCCCGAUAACCUCAGCCCUGGUAGGUAUGGUGGCAUCUGGAACCGUACCAAGUUUACACGCAGAUGAUAUCGAGCCAUUCCUGAAAUCCAACCUCGAACUCCGAGUGUCUCUUGCUGAUGGUACGGUGGUCGAUGCUCACGAAGUAGACGGACUUGGUAUAACGAUCGUCAGCUCACUGGUCAGGGCUCCGGUGUCAGAAGCUAUGCUUUCAGAAUGGGGUGAAAUCGAGAGUCAUUUUGAUCUAUUUGCAUAGGCAGGUCGAGUAAACAUGUCCAAUUCCGAAGGCUUUAGUAUGUGCUUGGGAUUCCUAUGGCAGAAGGAUUGGCUAUCUUGUAUGAGAUUGAUUUCCUAUAGCACACUUGUGGCCAGACC